UACAUUUUCCUAUUUCUGUCUCUUGACUCUUCUGUUCGGCACACCAUGAAAAGGAUAGAGUCGGUGUUCAGCUUUGCGCUGCUAAUCUCGACAACAGUCUUUGCCGAUCCCGCCCUGGAUCUCAACAAUCACAAUGUCGGUCCCAGUAUAAUCGGAAAGAGAGUCGAGGACUUGAUAUAUGGAGCUACAGACGAAGUUACUCGGGUCAGUCGUGAGAGAAGAGGUGCUUUGGAUGUUCCUGCUGUUGCUGCCGUGGGUAACAGCGAAGGCCUAUCCCCUGGAAUUGCGCAAAGCCAGGGAGGAGUGGAUGUCGGCUCGCUGGUCACUGGUGCCGGUCAAGGCCAAAGUCAGAACCAGCCAGGCGCAGGCAUUGAUGCAGCAUCUCUGGCUGGUGGUCAACAAGGGAGCAAUGGUCCGGCAAAUCCUCCUCCCGGACAAGGACAAACGCUACAAGGCGCCGGAGGAAUCGAUGCCAACGCCAUCAUCAACAAUCUACCUGGAGCUCAACAGGGGAAUGGCCAAGGAACUGCGAAUGGUCAGUCCCAGGGCUCGGCUGACCUGCUUGCUAUUGUUGGAUCGCAACAGGAUAAAGGACCUAGUUCGGGCUUAGAUGCGAAUCAGCUGUUGAACAAUCUUGGCUCUCAAGGUCAAAACCAAAGACAAGGACAAGGAUCCCAACAAGGAGGCCAGUCUGUUUCGCAAAUUGGAUCCGAUAUCACGAAUCAACUUCUGAAUGAACAGGGCCAAAGCCUUGACUCCAUUCUCAAUGGCAUUGCAGGGGGGCAAAGCGGAAAUAACCAAGGUCAGGGAAAGGGCGCAGGAAUCGGCGGUGCUGGAGCUAUUGAGGGCGGCAAGGCUGGAGGGAAAGGUGGCCAGGCUGCUGCUAAUGCGCCAGAAGCUACCAACGUUAUGGAACAGAGCGCCAAUGCCACUACUAUAAUCAUGGAAUCUUCCGUAUCCUUUUCUCUUCUUGGCUCCACAGCUACUCCUGGUAUGAGUACCGCUGCUGAAAGGAGCCCUCCACCAGCCGAGCAAACUAUCCCCUCUACCGAGAAAAGCACUUCACCUGCUAAGGAAACCGCACCACCCGCUGAGAAAACUCAGCCGCCUGCUGAGGAGACCGCGCCACCUGCUGAGAAGAGUUCCUCCGCAGAGAAGCCCGCACCACCUGCUGAGAAGAGUUCCCCCGCAGAGAAGCCUGCACCAUCUGCCGAGAAGAGUUCCCCAGCCGCUGAAAAGCCUGCGCCUGCCGCACCCAUCACUGUAUCUGCCCAACCAGGUUCUGGAGGAGAAGUCUCAAAUGCCACAAGCUCAGCCAAGGCCGCACCUGUCAAUUCCGCGACGUUAACCACUGAUGGUCUGGUUGCCACAACUACCACAAGCAAAGCUGCGGGUGGUGUCACUGUUUCUGCGGGUGUGGGUGCUGGUGGAGAAGGGAAAGGCAGUGCCGGUAAUGCUACUAGCGUUGCUAAAUCAGCUGGAACAGCUCCACCCGCAGGUGUUACUGUUAUCGCUGGCGGAGGGAAAGGCUCAGGAGCGUCAAAUUCGACAAAAGCUGCUAGCAGCUCGGCUGCAGUCGACUCAGCUACGUUGACCAAGGAUAGUCUCGUCGCAGCAACCACCACCAGUAAAGCAUCAGGUGGAUUCAUCGUUCUGGAAGGCACAGGGAAAGCAGGAAAUCUCACGAUUGCGCAAGGAGGUGGUGCAGCUGCCACACCUAUCACGGUCGUUGCCAACAACAGCACUGGAGCUGGAGGGGCUGCGCAAACAACCAGCAAGAGCUCUACUGUUAAAAUAGACUCCGCAACAUUAACUCCAGACGGCUUGAUCAAGACUACGACUACAAGUGCUGCUGGGAGUGCAGUUUCAGUCAUCGCUGGCGGCGGAUCCAAAAACGGUACCGCUAACGCCAACGCCUCCACGUGUAACUGCAAAUGCAUGUGUCCAGCUGGCUCAUUCCCCAUGGCAGCUCCUCGUGCUCAACCAUUCCAGUUGGGCGACAUUGGAUCCAUGGCUUCUCGUCCCUCCGCAUCGACACUGGCCACCCAAGCGUCUCCCCCAGGAGCAGCCGUCACUGUCAGCGCAGGAGGGAGCCCACCUCCCAACGCACCAUCUGCCGCCGUUUCCUCCUCUUCAGCGGCCCCCAUCAACUCCGCAACCCUAACAACAGGUGGCCUCGUGGGCUCCACGACCGUAUCCACAGCCGGCGCCGGCGUCACCGUGUCAGCAAGUUCCGCCUCAGAAGCUGCUUCUAGCUCUGCGUCGAGUGUUGCAUCUAGUUCAGGUGAAGCACCAGCCACUACACAAGCUCCACCAGAAGCUCAAUCGCAAGUCUCAUCCGAACCCGUCUCAUCCAGCGCAACUCUCCAGCAGAACAGACUCCCAUUCGACAUUUCUUCGUUUUCGCUGGAGAGCAAAGUCACUGUCAAUCUUGGCAAACGGGCAAAAGCCACUGGUGCAGAGAGACGAAGGAAAGUCUUUUAGGAAAAUGAUUACUUGUUCAAUCGCGCAAAAAAGGGGAAUCUUCAACAAGUAAUAGCAGAGAUUUCGGCCCAUUCGAAUGAAGCAGAGUGUCAAGAGAGUAGUGGUGGCCGGUGGGGUAGCGUGUGGGUGGGCUAGAUGCUUUGUGUCCAUUUCUGUUGCUGAUCCAGGACAAAAAAGAAACUCAAACCACACAGCCUCUCUAUACCCUUUUCUAUAUUGUUUACUUAUCUACAUCCCUUCUCUCCCUUCCUCUGUCUCUCUGUUCCUAUCCCCUACCAUCUUUGUGUACGUCAGCUAUUCCCAUUUGCGUUACUACCACUUACUCUCUCGCUGUAUAUAUUAAUGAUCCUGUUGUUAUUUAUUUGUUAUGCUUCGCCUACCCAAAUCCUAGCCCUUUCGCUUUUCCAGCUUCCCCUUUUAAUCUCUUGUUUGAGCGAUUAUCGAGGAUGAUGAACAUGAAAAUGUUUCUUGUU